AGCAAUCCAUAAAAUGUCUGGCACAAAGGUGGUGAUGAAAGAGUCGACCAUGCCGGUCGACAUGCAACAAGACUGCGCCGACUGCGCCUCGCACGCCUUGGUGACGCUCAAGCUGCGGGAGCAGAACAGCAUCGCCCAGUUCGUCAAGAAAGAACUCGAUGUGAAGUACGGCGGUGACUGGCACUGCAUCGUCGGCCACUCCUUCGGCACCUGUGUGGGGCACGACACCACGUACUUCCUCUACUUUGAAAUUGACGGUCUGUACUUCAACGUUUGGAAGAUGGAGACCGCCACCGCAGUAAAGCAGAGUGAUGCGGCGGCGGUGGCGGCGGCGUGA